CAGCAUUGGCAGAUGUAGAGAGCUGCGUACAGCCGCACCCCAAAAUAGCGCUGGCUUUUGCCUUCCACCCUCCCGACCGUGAGUACUCUCUGUGAAAAACAACUCCAUAUUUGGCUUGGCAUCAUGACAUGGUUUGCUCAGGCAGAUGUGUACCAAUUCAAUAGCCCCACAUGGCGUAAGGAAGUUGGUAGAGCAGGACCUAUACAAGGUUGGGACAGAGCUCCUCCAAGAGAGAGAAGACACUUGUUAACGGCCUGAAUAAACAGCUUGAAGAAGAGCUCGGUGUUGCCUUUUCCUUGCUGGUUGAGGUAGCCGCGACAAUUGGUGGCCCGUAUGGGGACCCUCGGAACUUUCUUCGCUCGCCUCCUGAAAGAGCUCAGAACUUCUCGCUGCCAGGGAAUCGCAGAGAGCCAUUACAGGCUCCCCAGGGCUGGACCUCCGUGCCACCGCCGGACUCGUACUAUCACUCCAAAUGGGGCUUCAAUUGGUGGACACAGACUUCUCCGGCCCCCUACAACCUAAUACGGAGCAGCAAGACCCAAUCUGGGUGCCUGAGAGGUUGGUGAGAAGAGCUGCAGCGGCCGCGGCUAACGAUGCUGACAAAGCAGAUGAUGUGGACAAUGAUGACCUGGCUGAUGCUGAUAACGGGUGCUCCAAUGGUGAUAAAGGGACAUGAAUUGUGGGCCAUUCUGAAGGCCUGGCCAUUUCCCAUGCCUCUUACUUCCCAAUCAGGGGUUUUUCCCUUCAUAUUUACUACCAAUGAAUCUUUAGGAUGGCCACAUAUGCCAAUGGAUAAAAGCACAGCACCUAAUAAUUUCACCCUAGCUAGUCUUGAAGAUACACUCUGUUUUUCUACCAGGACUGAUAAUGUCACUAGUAAUCCCUGUAUUGUUUUGCAUCGACAAGCCUUAGGCCGGUUUGAAUUCCCCAAUAUCACUGGAAAUAAAGAGGUAGGGAAUGCUAGUAUUUUUCUUGGGACAACACCUAGAGCAGUUGGGAAAGGCAAUGGUACCUCACCCCUGGGACAACCUUCUGUUCUGCCUCGGUGUGUAAGUAAGCCUGAUUGGCCUCCUGUUUGGACAGGAUGUCAGGGUGGCUCGCCACCCAACUGGAUCAAUAUUAAUAAAACCCUUUCAUUGUCAUUGAAAGGCACUCCCCAUAAUAAUACCUUCUCAGGCUAUAAUUAUUCCUUUAAUAAUCCUGUGAUGACUACUCAAUCCAAUCCGUUUGACUCCUGGGUCAUGUGUGGUCCACGGGGUGCUUGCAGCCAACUUAAUGCCCUUGGCUUUGUGGAUGGGGGAUCAUUUAGAAGAUGCAAUUAUUAUUUUCAUUCUGGUGAAAUAUUUGAGACAAAUGUCACAGUGCAGUGUAAUAAGAUCAUAGAUUUUAAGCCCACGCCAGUUUGUGUUUGGCCCCCUUUUUUGAUGAUUGUGUUUAAUUAUUCCCAGACUGUUUUGAAUUGUAGUAGUCAGAAAUGCAUUCUGACUCAAUGUUGGAGUGCUUCAGAGCAUGAUGCUAUGGUAAUUGUGAGAGUGCCUAUGUAUAUACCUUUUCCUGCCAGGGUGAUGGAUGAUGAGUUGCCUGUUUUAUUGAGCAGGCAUAAGAGAGACUUUGGUAUUACUGCGGCCAUUGUAACCGCUAUUGCUGUUUCUGCCACUGCGGCCGCAGUUGCCGCUGCUUCUCUUGCCACUGCUGUUCCCACAGCUAAAGCAUUAAAUACCCUUUCAGGAUCCACUGCUCAGGCUCUUUAUACCCAAAUGGCCGUUAAUAUGCAGUUACAGCGUGGCAUUGUAUUGCUCAAUCAACGGGUGGAUUUAUUGCAGGAGCAGAUAGAUAUUUUACAACAAGUGAUUACUGCAGCAUGUGUGGUCCCUAUGAGUGGUCUAUGUUUGACUACCGUGCAGUAUAAUAAUUUUAGCAGAGCCGCUAAUUAUUCAAAAUAUUUGAGUGCUUUAUUGACAGGAACCUGGAAUGCAGAAUUUGAUAAUCUGACCAAUGUUUUGCGUGCUGAGAUUAUUAUGAUUAACUCCACGUAGCCUCUGCUGAAGAGAUGCUGGAUUGGCUGCGAAGUUCUAUUAGCUUCCUGAAGGAGUGGGCGGGGUUAGGUGCCUUAUCGGUCCUUGUGAUACUUGCCUUUCUUGCUUGCCUGUGGUUUGUCUGGAGAAUGUGGUUUACACAGCGCCGCCAAGCAGCCAUGAUCAUUCAAGCCCUUACUGCCAUUGAGGCAGGACAGUCGCCCCAGGCCUGGCUGGCCACACUUAAAGACCUCUAGGCGCAGGAUGCGAGGCGAAGCACUGCACUCGGGGCCCAGUGUGGCUGGGAUCCGAGGGGAGCAAGUCUGAUUGCAUGCGGGUUGGUACCGAACUCCCGCCUCUGGAAAAAGGUACCAGACGGGUCAAGUGUCCUCUGGGUGGAUGACACCUGGACAGACACCAGUACAAUGUCCUUGUUUGCCAGAGAUCAGACCUCUACUCUUGCCUGCUGCCAUAUAAACAGAAAGGGGGAACUGUAGAGAGCUGCCUACAGCCGCACCCCAAAAUAGCGCUGGUUUCGCCUUCCACCCUCCGACAGUGAGUGGUCUCUGUGAAAAACAACUCCAUAUUUGGCUUGGCAUCAUGACAUGGUUUGCUCAGGCAGACAUGUACCAAUUCAAUAGCCCCACAUGGCGUAAGGUUGGUAGAGCAGGACCUAUAUAAGGUUGGGACAGAGCUCCUCCAAGAGAGAGAAGACACUUGUUAACGGCCUGAAUAAACAGCUUGAAGAAGA